AUGGCCAUGCUAGAACCAGUAGAAUAUCACAUUGGUCAUGAGUACAGAGUUGUAAUAACACAUUUUACUAAUCCAAAAAAUAUUUAUGUUCGCUCUGCUAUUUAUAAAGAUAUUAGAGCCAUUGAAACUCCAGGAAGAGAUGCAGUUCAUACUCCAGUUAACAAUCAAAGAAUAAUUUAUAAGUCUAAAACACUUGGUAAACUGGUUAGAGGAAGAAUAUGUCGCAUAAGGGAAGAAGAAAAUCCCACAUGUGAUAUAUUUGCAAUUGAUUAUGGUUGCAUGGAUACUGGUGUGAAGAUUAAAAAUAUACAUCCUCUUAACUUAAAGAUCCCGGAUUCAAAUUGUCCUGGAUUGGCUGUUCACUGUCAGUUACACAUAUGCGAACCUAAAGGAGAUGAUUUUGAACCAGAUAUUCAAGAAAAAAUGAAUUUAUUCUUUGCUGAUGGUCCAGCAAUGAUGCAUGUAGUUAAUAAAACUAAAGAUGCUCUAGUGGUUGAAAUAAUGCCUUUAGGUUCUGUUUAUGAUUUGUCUCACCUGUUGGUGUUAUAUGACUUAACAGUGUUCUCAAAACCAAGAAAAGUAAAUCAGACUUAUUCAUCAACAAAAAGUAAAGUGACACUUGUAUUAAAUUAUAAACCUAAAAAGUUAUGUGUAGGAGAUAUCUUGUUGGGCAAAGUGGUUGGAGGAGACUCUAUAAAUAACUUCUAUUUUUCUGAAAUUAGUGAAAGUGAUCAAUCAAAAGAGAAUAUUGAUGUGUCAGCAUAUUGUAAAGAUAAAUCUACGGACCAUCUCAAUAUGGUUAUAGGAGAACCAUGUGCUGUGGAAAUUAAUAGAAACUGUUUUGAACGUGCCAUUAUAAAGGCUGUUAACGACAAGGAACAUACUGCAACCCUAUUCCUUGUAGACAAAGGAACAAACAUAGAAAGCAAGUUCUCUUGCCUUAAGCCUGUGCUUGACAAAGAAUACUAUGAUGUACCAAUGCGAGCUAUUCAUUGUUUAUCUAUUGAGGAGGAAGUCAAUGGAGUACCUUUCAAAUACUUUUUAUCUGAUUCUAUAAAAUCACAAUUUAAAUUAACAGUUGUAAUCAGAAAAUUAGGUGAUUUUCCUCUUAAACCUAAUAAAAUUAAGAUUCUUUGGGUAGAGAAGUAG